AUGGGCAAUACAUGCCGUGGCUCAUUCGGCAGCAAGAACUUUCAGGGGUACGCGGAACCGAGGGAAAGCUCGUCGCCGCCUAAGCGCCGCCGCCACUCCUCCGACAACCAGUUACGCACCAGCGUGGCGGCGUCUCGCCCCGAGACGGUGGCUCCCUUCGAGGCGGUGGCAGACGGCCACAAGAGCAACCUCAUCCCUUCCGUGGUGAGCCCCACCAUGAAACGCAGCGUUGACCCCCAUUCCUCUUCGGUGCUCGGGCACCAGACGGCCAACAUCCGGGACCUGUACGUCCUCGGCCGGACGCUCGGACAGGGGCAAUUCGGCACGACGUUUUACUGCAGGGAGAUCUCCACGGGGAUCGAGUACGCCUGCAAAUCCAUCUCCAAGAGGAAGCUCAUCUCCAAGGAGGACGUCGACGAUGUGCGGAGGGAGAUCCAGAUAAUGCAUCACCUCUCCGGGCACAAGAACGUGGUCACCAUCAAGGGCGCGUACGAGGAUGCCCUCUACGUUCACAUCGUCAUGGAGCUCUGCGCGGGCGGAGAGCUCUUCGACAGGAUCAUACAGAGGGGCCACUACAGCGAGAGGAAGGCGGCGGAGCUCACCAAGAUCAUCGUCGGAGUUGUGGAGGCCUGCCACUCGCUCGGCGUCAUGCACAGGGACCUGAAGCCCGAGAAUUUCUUGCUGGUCAACAAGGACGACGACUCCUCCCUCAAGGCCAUAGACUUUGGGCUCUCGGUUUUCUUCAAACCUGGUAUUGAAAUUCGUAGAUUCAAGCUUUCUUCUGUUCCCCCGCCGAGUUCCCCAGUUCUUCUAUCCGUUCAGCCUCUGUUCUCGUUUCGAACGCAGCAUAUCAUCCUGACCUCUCCAUCUCCCUCAAUAGAUCGCCCCUUCUGCACAGCUCUGAGCGAUGAAGUGUGAAGAUGACCCGGAUCAUCGUGCAAAUCGCGGGAAACGAUGCCUGUCGUAGUUAUCCCUCCACGAGUGUUAUCCAUCUCUCUCCUGUGAGAAACCUUAUUCCGUUGACUUGAGCACGGAAGAACUGUGACCCUGUUCACUAUGCUCCAUGACCCGGAAUCCCAUUGCUCGACAGGAAGUUUGAUUCCCAUUAACCAUUGCAUCGAAGAGAUAACACGAUCACGGGCUCUCCCAUGAAUCACUAUUCAGCUCCGAGCCUUCUUUUUUUCACUUUCUUCUCUUCUGUCGAUUAGGCCUCCAGAUCGAUCAAUUCUCUGCCUUUCAGUGCAGCAACUCCCAGCUCCAAAACAUGCAUCUCCGAUUCUUUGCGUCUAUAUCUGAACGAAUUGUGCCCAUUUACUGCAGGCCAGACCUUCAACGACGUCGUGGGAAGCCCAUAUUAUGUUGCUCCUGAGGUCCUGUGCAAGCACUACGGGCCGGAGGCCGACGUUUGGACGGCCGGCGUCAUAGUCUAUAUACUGCUGAGCGGUGUUCCCCCUUUCUGGGCCGGUACGCAUUUUCCCCCCCACCAUUUUUAAUGUACUUAAUGUAAUCAUAAGACAAUCUAGAUGACCUCCUCUGGGCUAAAUUUUAUUUAUUUAUUUAUUUAUUUAUUUAUCUCUUCUGCCAGAGACCCAGCAGGGGAUAUUUGACGCAGUUCUCAAGGGAUACAUUGACUUUGAGUCAGAUCCAUGGCCUUUAAUCUCCGCCAGCGCCAAAGAUCUCAUCAGGAAGAUGCUCUGCCCUCGCCCCUCUGAACGACUGAAAGCCCACGAAGUCCUCUGUAAGUCUGCCCGCCCACCUUUCUCUUCUCCAGCUCCGAAUCUGUCUUGACAACCCGUCGGAGUUCAUGUGAGAUCUGGUUUCCUCCUGUUCUUCAGGCCAUCCGUGGAUUUGUGAGAAUGGAGUCGCCCCCGACAGAGCCCUGGAUCCAGCGAUCCUCUCUCGGCUCAAACAGUUCUCCGCGAUGAACAGGUUGAAGAAGAUGGCUCUGAGAGUAAGCCCCUCGAUCUUGCUUCUCCGUAGAUGACUCUUCUUCUCAGUUCCCAGUUCGAUCAGAUCAGUCUUCUUCUUUCUGCGCCCACUGUUCAUUCUUAUCCUUGUGUCUAGGUUAUUGCCGACAGCCUCUCGGAGGAGGAAAUCGCCGGUCUGAGGGAGAUGUUCCAGGCGAUGGACACAGACAGCAGCGGCGCCAUCACCUUCGACGAGCUCAAGGCCGGCCUCAGGAGAUACGGUUCCACCAUGAAAGAAUCAGAGAUCCGCGACCUCAUGCAUGCAGUGAGUCCAUCCUCAUGCAUAUAGGUUUUUUCUUCCCAUGUUUGUGGAGUUUCUUUAUCUGGUGGGUUUCUUCAGGCCGACGUGGACAACAGCGGGACGAUCGACUACGGGGAAUUCAUCGCCGCCACGUUGCACAUCAACAAGCUGGAGCGGGAGGAGCAUCUGGUCGCCGCCUUCUCCUACUUCGACAAGGACGGCAGCGGCUACAUCACAGUGGACGAGCUCCAGCAGGCAUGCAAGGAGCAUAACAUGACAGACGCCUUCCUGGAGGACGUGAUCAAGGAGGUGGAUCAGGAUAACGUGGGUGAUCGAUUAAUCGACUGACUCUUUAGUUGACUAUCUUCAGUUUAGACCCUACUUAUUGUUUGACCGAUGCAUUCGUUGACUUAUUCUCCUGGUUCAGGAUGGCCGCAUCGACUACGGCGAGUUUGUGGCCAUGAUGCAGAAGGGAAGCAACAUGGGGAUCGGCAGGCGAACUAUGAGGAACAGCAUCAACAUGAGCAUGAGAGAUUCCCCCAUCUUCCCGUGA